CUACCAUGAAAUUAUCUUAUUAUACAAAAAUAAUUGAACUAUGAAAUCGAUCUAACUUGUUCAAGUUAGCCACGGAUUAAAUUUUUUUAUCCAUGUCACGAUAUAUAACGGCGUCGGCGGCGCCGACUCCCCAUUCCCGCUGUCGCCAUCAUGUCACCGCUUUUGUGCCUGCUCUUGCUCGCCGUGCUUGCACUGACUGUGUCAUCCCAGGAAUUCGUCCCGAACGUGCCAGAAGAGUGUCUGAAAACGGGCGUCUGCGAGGACUUACCGGACUAUCCGACAGAGCGCGUUGACGCUAUCAUUGAAGAACUGGGCCCAGCUCUCGACAAAUACGAGGUUGAGGAUCUAGACGCCUCCGAAACGUUGUCCAGAGCAGGAGAUGAGGAUCAAGAUCUCUGCGAGUCCAGGCGCAGGACUAUGAUGCCUCGUGCGGCUCGGGACAAAGAUGGUAACUGGCACUACGUUCUAAACCAAAGGACCAAGCCGGUGCUAAGCUUCAUUGUUGAGAUAUGCAAUCCAGUUGAUUCGCCCUGCGCCAACGUAGCCCACUUCUACACCGGUUACGAAGCCAGCUGCAAGCAGAAAUUCACUUAUCGCAAUUCGCCGACUUUGGACGCCGGCGGCGCGAUGGUUGAAAGACAGUUACUAUUCCCCAGCUGCUGCUCGUGCCAGUAUCGACAGACUAAUGAAUAAUCAUAAUUUAAUUAAGGUAUCAUUCGGAUUGUGACUGCAGUUGCUAUUGCGGUAUUAGGUACUGCUACUGCACGAACAGGGGGCCGAUUUUUGAUAUUCGACCACUCGAUUUCGUGUAUUUCGUUCAAUAAUAUCUCCACUACUAAGCAUUUACAUUCUACUAAUAGAAUUGAAAACGAGUGGUCAAUACCACUAGAUUCCCUAUUUCUAUCGCUCGUCUUUCUAAAAUUAGCAUUUCACCGUUUUCCACUGAUUUUCGUGUGACGAAAUCGAGCAAUCGAAAUACAAAAAUCGCCUCCCAGUACUUGUUCCUUUAUUUUCACGUGGCAUGAGAAUGUAUGUACCUAUUCGUAAAUUUUAAUUUCAUUUGUAUAACUUAAAUACAAAUAAAUGUUUUAAGUAUUCGAAA